CUUCCGGAACGCUGACUUCCUCACCUUGGCGAGCCGUAGGUGGUGGCCGCGGGUUCUUGAAUCUACGACUUGCUUGCUUCCCACAUGGCCACCGAGACGGCUUUGCGUUCGCCCGCGGUGCGGUAUUUGGCCACGAUUUUUGUCAACCGCGUUCCCUGGACGGCAGCAGCUAAUGAGGUCAAAGAACACUUUAGCCAGUUUGGUACUGUACGAAGAUGUUUCCUGCCAUUUGAAAAAGAAACAGGCUUUCAUAAAGGUUUUUGUUGGAUUGGAUUUUCUUCAGAAGAAGAACUUCAAAGGGCAUUACAGCACGAAAAUCAUUUCAUUGAUGGAGUCAAAGUCCAUGUUCAUCGCCAAAGAUACAGACGUUGAGAUAAGAAGGAACAGAAGGAGCUGAUCUGAAUUAGCAUAAAUGUAUUGAUGAAUUGUGAAAUAAAAAUAUUAUACUAUGGAAAGUUUA